ACCCGGCGGCGCGAUGGCCGCCGCCGUGGAGCGCACCGACGACCUGGUGCGGGAGUAUCUGCUCUUCCGCGGCUUCACGGCCACCUUGAAGCAGCUGGACGCGGAGAUCAAGGCGGACAAGGAGAAGGGGUUCCGGGUGGAUAAGAUAGUGGAACAAUUGCAGCAAUAUGUUCAGAGCUAUGAUCUGGCUGCCCUUCGGGAUUACUGGAGUUACCUUGAGAGGCGCCUUUUCAGUCGAUUGGAGGACGUGUACCGACCUACGGUGAACAAGUUGAAGAUCAGCUUGUACCGCUACUACCUCAUUCAUACCGUGCAGACAUCCAGAAAUGACAAGACUCAGGAAUUCUUUCAGAAGCAGGCCUCAGAACUUCAGAACCAGACUGAGUGGAAGGAGUGGUUUGUGUUGCCUUUCAUCCCGAAUCCAGAAUCCAACCCUACUUUUGGCACAUAUUUUUCCCGCCAGUGGGCAGACACCUUCAUUGUGUCUCUGCACAACUUCCUCAGUGUCUUAUUUCAGUGCAUGCCUGUCCCUGUCAUUUUGAAUUUUGAUGAAGAAUGUCAGAGAAGUAAUUUCCUCCAAGAAGAAAAUGAAACUCUGCGUCAAAAGCUGUUUGCCUUGCAGGCGGAGUACUACCGAAUGAAGAAAGAGGAACUGCAGCAGCAGGAGGAGGAAGAAGAGUUGAUACUUCAUCACAAGCUGCCUUCCUAUGUGACCAACAUGGACCACCUGGGGGAUUCGGAGCUUGACAUGACCUGCAGCCAAAGAAGCACGGCUCACUCUCUCCAAGCUCGAGGGGGAUUCCUGUCUUCCUUCCUGCCUCAGAGCAAAAAGGGUUCCUCUAGAGUAACACAGACUGUAGGAACAUCCUCGGCACAGGCGGGUGCGAUGCCGGUGGGCAAGAAAGAGCAAUCAAAUCAUCAGAGCAGUAAAGGGAAGGAGGGUGCAAGUGGCUGCAAGGAAGCAAAAAGCCCCUUCAGUGGCUUGAUGGCAACGGAGUCCAGCUCCCUGCAGCAGCGUCAGAGGCGCCUGCAGGAUCAUGGGAAGGAACGAAAGGAGCUUUUGUCUAAAACAACUUCCCAGGCACAGACUGUUGAGCGGAAGCUGGAGGUCCUUCCCGCUGAAACGGACGUGCCUCUUGAGCUGCAUGCUGAACAAACGGAAACCCUAACAAAAACUUUGGGGUCCAGCCUGGAGACUGGAGGGAUCAGGCAGGAGCAGCCAUUCAUUGUCUUGAGUCAGGAAGAGUAUGGAGAGCACCAUUCGUCCAUCAUGCAUUGCCGUGUUGACUGUUCUGGGCGAAGGGUGGCCAGCUUGGACGUGGAUGGGGUCAUCAAGGUGUGGUCUUUCAAUCCCAUUAUGCAAACCAAAGCUUCUUCAAUUUCCAAAUCUCCCCUCCUUUCUCUGGAGUGGGCAACCAAACGGGACAGGCUGUUGUUGCUGGGUAGCGGAGUUGGGACGGUUCGUCUUUAUGACACUGAGGCCAAGAAGAAUCUUUGUGAAAUCAGCAUUGAUGAAGACAUGCCCAGGAUCCUCUCCCUUGCCUGCAGCCGAAGUGGUGCCUCCUUUGUCUGCUCUGCUGCAGCAUCUGGCCUCAUAGCUCCAGAUUCUGGAGGGAAAGGCACAAACCAGGUUCCUGGGAAACUGCUUUUGUGGGACACAAAAACCAUGAAGCAGCAGCUUCAGUUUUCACUUGAGCCUGAUCCCAUUGCUAUAAACUGCACAGCCUUCAAUCACAAUGGAAAUCUGCUGGUCACUGGAGCAGCCGAUGGCAUCAUUCGUCUCUUCGAUAUGCAACAGCAUGAAUGUGCUAUGAGUUGGAAGGCCCACGAUGGAGAAGUUUAUUCUGUCGAAUUCAGUUAUGACGAGAAUGCUGUUUACAGCAUUGGAGAAGAUGGGAAGUUUAUCCAAUGGAAUAUUCACAAAAGUGGUUCCAAAGUCGCAGAAUAUGCCCUCCCCAGAGAUGCCACUGGCCCUUUUGUGUUGUCUGGCUACAGCGGCUACAAGCAAGUCCAGGUCCCACACGGGAGGCUCUUUGCAUUUGACUCCGAGGGAAACUACAUGCUGACCUGUUCUUCUUCUGGAGGAGUCAUCUACAAGCUGAAUGGCAACGAGAAGGUGCUAGAGAGCUGCCUCUCCCUGGGAGGACACAGGGCCCCGGUGGUCACGGUGGACUGGUGCACAGCGAUGGAUUGCGGGACCUGCCUCACCGCCUCCAUGGAUGGGAAAAUCAAACUAACCACUUUACUGGCGCAGAAGUCUUAAACAGAACUGUAGUCAAGGGGAAACUUUCUUUUCGAGAUCAGUAUUAACCAUUUAGACCCAAGCUACACUGGGGAGGAGAGAACUAUGACCACUUCUCUUAGCGUUACGUUCUCCUCU